AGAAGUGCAUUGCUGGGAUCUUGGGACUCACCUGCCUUGUCUUGAUAUGCAUUAUUGUGCCCAUGUGGGUUGACACCCGUAGAUCUACUGAAGAACAAGAGAAGAAUGAUUCCUCCGCAGUAACAAACAUCUGGAAAGCAUGUCAUUGUGGCCCUUGUCCAAAGGGGUGGUUUAAGUACUCCAACAACUGCUAUUACUUUAGUGCUGAACAAAAAACCUGGAAGGAGAGCGUGAUGGCCUGUCAGAGUAACAACUCUCAGCUGCUCUACAUAGACACUGAGGAAGAAAUGAAAUUGAUGAACUCCAUAUCAGUGUUUUCAUGGAUUGGAGUCUACCGUAACAGCAGCAAUGAGCCAUGGAUAUUAGUAAAUGGGUCAACUUCCCAUUUAGAGAUAAGAAAACCAGCAUCUUCUAACUACCACUGUGUUAUGCUACAAUCUAAAUAUUAUGCAGAUAAUUGUGAAGUUCUAAAGACGUAUUAUUUGUUCAACCUUCAAAAAGAUCAUUUGUGGGCCUCCCUGCAUAUCAUUGCGGCCCUUGUCCAAAGGGGUGGUUUUCGUACUCCAACAACUGCUAUUACUCUAGUGCUGAACAAAAAACCUGGAAGGAAAGCGUGA